UCUUUUUAGUUUUUACCCCCUUCCCAAUUUCCUAACCAAUUCACAAAACCCUUCAAUGAAUUAUGAAUGAAUAAAUCACGCGCAAAAAGAGUUUCUCCUUCAAUGAACACCCAUUACAGAGCUCCCACGAGCUACCCUUCAAUGGCGGAUAUCCUCACUUGAAAUUUCUUCCUCCUUUUUUUUCAUUAUUUUAUUCUUUUCAAUUAAAACUCUUUUUUUUUUUUCCUUAAUAUUUGAUCUCAUUCGUUAAUGGAGGAAAAAGUUUCCUCAAUUCCCGAUCACAAACUAUGCGGUUUCCUCACAACAGUCCUCAAAUCCCCAAACUCCGACCUCAAAACCCUAGAAUUUCUCUCUCCUCUCCACAUCUUCUCCCACAAAUCCGACGUCGUUUUCAAAUCAAAUUCCGACAUCAUUCUCUCUCCUCUCUCCAACCACCGCAUUGCUUCAACGGACUCACCUCUAAGUUCUUCUUCCUCUACGAAGAAGAAGAAGACGAAGAAUGUUAAGACUCCGAAGAAGGCUGGGAUUGUGCACGGUAAUGGAACAGUGAGUGUUGUUCAACAAUUGAAGACUCUUGUGAAUCAGAAAUGUUUGAAGAUUGCUGUUAGAGUUGUUGGAAUUUCAACUCCAGAGGAAGAUUGUUGUGAAAUUAGGGUUGCGGCGUUGGUAGAUGUGUAUCUCCCCCUUGCAUUGUGGUCCGAGUGGCAGUUUCCGAGGUCUGCUACCACUGCUGCUGCUCUCUUUCGCCAUUUGAGUUGUGAUUGGCGGGAAAGAACUUCGAUUCUGAAGGAUGGCUAUUACAAUAAUGUAGUUGGAGACGGUAAGAAUUUAUGGAAUCUAGCUGACUGUCACGUUCUUGGAUGUAAGCUGCAUUCUGAUAUUUCUGAUUUUUCUAAGAAAAAGGGAUUUGAACUUCAUGAAAUUUUUAAGAGUUUACCUUGCUUGGGUGGAGAUGUGAGGACUGUUUCAUCGACAAUUAUACCUGAAGACGUGACUUCUACAUCUGGCAUUUGGGAUUUAACAGAUGAUGUUGUGGUGAAGAUUUUGUCUGAUCUGCGUCCAGUAGAUGUUGUGAGGGUUUCUGCUACAUGCCGUCAUCUUAGGUUCUUGUCUGUAUCAAUUAUGCCAUGUAUAAAGCUCAAGCUAUUUCCUCAUCAGCAAGCUGCUGUUGAGUGGAUGGUGCAGCGUGAGCGAAAAGCUGCUACUUUGCGUCAUCCCUUGUAUCUGGUAUUCUCUACUGAAGAUGGACUUACGUUCUACAUUAAUAUUGUGUCUGGUGAAUUAGUCACGGGGCUGGCACCAACAAUCAAGGAUUUUCGUGGUGGAAUGUUUUGUGACGAACCUGGACUUGGUAAAACCAUAACAGCUCUUUCACUUAUUUUGAAGACCCAAGGAACAUUAGCUGAUCCUCCGGAAGGUGCGGAAGUAAUUUGGUGCUCACAUAAUGGUGAUGAGAAAUAUGGCUACUAUGAGUGCAGUGGCAGUAGAUACACUGGUUUUUCUGUCCCAUUAAAUGAUCGAAAGGCCCAGUUCUCUCCUGAUGAUCUAAUUCCAAAGGAUCAUUUUACGCCGAAGAACGCCAGGCUCCCAAGUUCUAAUGGGCACAGUACACCAUCUGUUUCUUCUUGUCCAGAAAGAUUAGCUCUAGCAUCAUCUGCACAUUCAUCCUCGUCACGUAGGGAACGUUUAGCUAGCUGCACCAAGCGCUUGAAUCGCGUUAAGAGAAAUCUUCUGCUUAGAUACGAAAGUAAUUCUGGGGACUCUGAAGACAAUAAUUCACGAAGGUAUUCAGGCAAACGGAAAUAUGCCACGAAUGACGAGACUAGUGUUGCUAUAAACAAGAACUUUGGAACUUCACAUCCAUAUCAACUUGCUAGCAAGAGGUGGAAGAAGGAUGCGGGGGAUAAGUAUGUUGUACUCAAUGAAAAUUGGAUUCAGUGUGAUGCUUGUCGGAAAUGGCGGAGACUCUCUGAUGACAAUCUAGCUGAUUCCACGGCUGCAUGGUUUUGUAGUUUGAACACUGAUCCCCUGUAUCAGAGUUGCAAUGAUCCUGAAGAGUCGUGGGAUUAUCACGAACCUGUUACUUAUUUUCCUGGAUUUUGCAGCAAAGAAACUCCUGGAGGACUACCUCAAAAUGUGGCAUUCUUCAGUAGUGUCCUAAAGGAGCAUUAUGCAUUACUCAAUAUUCAGACCAAGAAGGCUUUGACUUGGCUGGCUAGACUUCCACAUCAAAAAUUAUUGGAAAUGGAGACAUUUGGAUUGGUUCGUCCAGGUCAGGUGACUACAAAAGAGGCAAAUGGAUUCAAUAAAAUAUUUCAAGCAUUUGGCUUUGUGAAGAGGAUGGAGCAAGGUGUUUGUCGGUGGUUUUACCCCAAAACCUUAGACAAUCUGAUGUUUGAUCUGCCUGCUCUUCGAACUGCUCUUUGCGAGCCGUUAGACUCCUUCAAUAUGUACUUGUCACGGGCAACCCUUAUUGUCGUUCCAUCAAAUUUGGUUGAUCACUGGAAAUCACAGAUCGAGAAGCAUGUGAAACAAGAGCAACUGCGGGUUUAUGUCUGGAUGGAUAGUAAGAAACCUACUGUGCACAACCUUGCGUGGGAUUAUGAUGUUGUUAUCACAACCUUUAGCCGGCUCAGUGCUGAGUGGAAUCCUCGUAAGAGAAGUGUCUUGAUGCAAGUUCACUGGAUGAGGGUCAUGCUAGAUGAGGGACACACCCUAGGGUCAAGCAUAAAUUUGACUAAUAAAAUGCAAAUGGCAGUUUCACUGAGUGCUUCAAAUCGUUGGAUAUUAACAGGAACUCCAACUCCAAAUACACCUAGUAGUCAGGUUUCUCAUAUUCAACCUUUGUUAAAAUUUCUCCAUGAUGAAGUAUAUGGAGAGAGUCACAAGAAUUGGGAAGCUGGCGUCCUGAAGCCUUUUGAGGCGCAGAUGGAGGAGGGUAAAUUGCGCUUACUGCAAUUACUGGAGAGGUGUAUGAUUAGUGCCCGGAAAGCUGACUUACAAUGCAUCCCUCCUUGUAUUAAGAAAACAACAUGUGUUGAUUUUACAGAGGAACAUGCAAAAACCUAUAAUGAGCUUGUUGUUACUGUUCGGCGUAACAUUUUGAUGGCUGAUUGGAAUGAUCCUUCUCAUGUUGAGAGUUUGCUGAAUCCAAAGCAGUGGAAAUCCAGGACUACAACUAUCAGAAACGUCAGGCUUUCUUGUUGUGUGGCUGGGCAUAUAAAGGUAUCCGAUGCUGGCCAGGAUAUACAAGAAACUAUGGAUGUCUUAGUCGAAAAUGGUCUGGAUCCUCUUUCAGUAGAACAUGCUCUUGUAAGAUACUACCUCUCAUAUGGUGGUAACUGCCAGAGAUGUAAAGAAUGGUGCCGCCUACCUAUUGUUACACCAUGCAGGCAUCUUCUAUGCCUUGAUUGUGUUGCCUUAGAUAGUGAAAGAUGUGCGCUUCCUGGAUGUGAUUUUUCAUAUGAGAUGCAGAGUCCUGAUAUACGAACGCGACCAGAAAACCCAAAUCCCAAAUGGCCUGUUCCAAAAGAUCUUAUUGAGUUACAGCCAUCAUAUAAGCAGGAUAGCUGGGAUCCAGAUUGGCAAUCAACUUCUAGCAGUAAAGUUGCAUAUCUUAUUCAGAGACUGAAAGAAAUUCAGGUUUCUACUAGACAAACACUUUGCUCAAUGGCUGAGGGAAAUCAAGGAGAAAGACCUCAUGACUUCGAUACUUCUCAAGAACCAUGUUGCAAGCCAAGCAUCAAUUCUUUUUCUCAGGACCUUCCCGAGAAAGUUCUCAUUUUUUCACAGUUCCGUGAGCACAUACAUGUAAUCGAACAACAGCUGGCUAUUGCUGAUAUCAAAUUUGCUGGAAUGUACAGUCCUAUAAAUGCCAACAGGAAGAAGAAGGCACUCACCAUCUUUCAGUACGAUCCAAGUUGUAUGGUGCUUGUAAUGGAUGGAAGUGCUGCACUAGGUCUGGAUUUGAGCUUUGUUACCCAUGUGUUUCUAAUGGAGCCAAUCUGGGAUCGAAGUAUGGAGGAACAAGUGAUUAGUCGUGCUCAUCGUAUGGGUGCGGUACGUCCAAUUUAUGUUGAGACCUUAGCGAUGCGUGGUACUAUUGAAGAACAAAUGCUGGAGUUCUUGCAGAAUGUUGAUGAGUGUAGAAGGUUGUUGAAGGAAGACCAUGAGAAAACUGAACAUGAAGGAGCUCGAGCUCACAGAUCAUUGCAUGAUUUUGCUGAGAGAACUUAUUUGGCUCGUCUAAGCAUGGUGCGAACAACGGCAUAGAGGUAAACAGUUAUCUCCAACCUCAGCUUGGCGAAUGAUUCAGAAGAGUCACUGCAGUUUCCAACCUCAGCUUGGCAUAUAUGAAUUUGCAGUUUUGGUUUUGAUGUUUUUGUUGCCUAUCCAGAUCCAUUACAGAAUUGAAAGUGGUUCUUGGGGUAUUAUUUUUUUCCAUCAUAUUGAUUUUGUAUAGAGCAUUUAUCAAAAUCUUCUCUCGUUGUGGUGAGUAGAUUCAUCUAGAAAUAAGCUUUUGAUAGUUAGAUUAGGUAGCUUGUUUUAUAUUGAAAAAUAGCUAUGUAAUGGUAAUCUGUAAAUAAGAUGGUCCUCUGUUAUUAAUUAUGUGAGAAUGCUUAUUCAUUUGGAAUUGUUGUUAUCCAUCCUUUUAGAACGAGGUCUUAUACAAAAGAAUGAGGAUAUAUGUAUUUCAAAUGAAACAUUAUUUUAUUGACA